AUGACAGCACAAGUUCUCUGUGAUAUUAUCAAUGCCAAAGACCUCAAGUACGAUUAUGUGGUGGGAGUACCGUAUGCUGCACUACCGUUGGCUACACAUGUUAGCCAUAUUCUCGAUGUGCCUAUGCUAAUGAAGCGCAAGGAAAGCAAGGCUUACGGUACGAAGAAGACAAUUGAGGGCGUUUUUACUCCGGGACAUACGGUACUCCUCAUUGAGGAUGUAGUCACCUCCGGAGAAUCAAUUCGUGAAACAGCCGAAGCUUUACGGGCUGAAGGAUUGGAGGUUACGGACUCGGUUGCUGUUCUGGACAGGCAGCAAGGCGCGGCUGAAGGCCUUGCUCGUGCUGACAUCAAUUUUCACAGUUUAAAUUUUAGUUUAAUGACGGUCAAGAAAGACGUUCGCAGUAAAGCAUUCCGUGCGAUCCGUUCAAGCGCUGAUGCUAUCGCAUACUUCGAGGCCAAUCAUCGCGUGCGUGGAUACGACAUGCAGGUGCAAAGAGCUCAUGCGUUGUCGUGGAAUUGCGAUGGAACUCGUUUAGCGUGUGGAUCGCAAGAUCGGCGUGUUUCAGUAGGAACAGUGGACUCCUCAUGUCGUGUAAAAUGCACGUUUGUAGGGCAGGGUCAUGAUGAUUCGGUCGAUCAGGUAGCAUUUCAUCGCACAAAUCCGAAUCUUCUCGCAUCCGCGAGCACUGACAAAUCAAUCAUUAUAUGGGAUAUUCGUCAACAGAAAACCCAUACCAGAUUAUCAACGAGAGCCGCGAACUUAUAUGGUGACCCAUGGUCUCAUGUGGAGGUACUUGGGUUUAUUUGGAGACAGGAAGAUCGGCUGCACGUGAUAGAUGGAAGAACUUUGAGCACUCUGAAGUCGUAUGAAUCAAAGACAGAAAUGAACGAAUUCGCAUAUCAUCCUUCUGGGAAAUACCUCUUUGUUGCCACAGGGCAAGGCAGAGUAGAGAUAUUUAAGAUGCCUGACUUGGAGUUGGUUCGCACUGUAGUCGCUCAUUCUGGCCAGUCUAACUGCGUAGCGUUAGCAGUAUCACCAGAUGGGCAACGCGUAGCCGUUGGAGCAUCUGACGCUCUAUGUUCGAUAUGGAGCAUCGAAGAGAUGAUUUGUGAGCGAAAUCUAGGGAGGUUGGAUUAUCCCGUCAGAGCAGUGGCGUUCAGCAGCGACAGCCAGUUGAUAGCAACCGGAAGUGAAGAUCAUUCAAUAGAUAUUGCUUAUGUUAAUGACGGAUCCAGGUACAUUUUGUAUUCAUUUGCAAGGAACAGAAGAACGAAAGAAAACGCUUCGUCGUCGUUGACAUGA